AUGGGACAAAGACAAGAUUCUGAGUUCUUAAUAAUUAGAACCUUAAGAAGUGAGCAUGUGUAUUAUGCACAGGACAACUUGGUUGUAUCUCACUCUGGAAGAUCAAACUUAACAUCAUCAAUCAUGACAGAUUCUUUGAAGUGUAAUAUAGACAAGAAUGCUAAUGAAAUUAGAAGAGAUUUGUAUAGAAAAUAUGGGGUGCGACUGAAUUAUAGUCAAGCAUAUAGGGGUAGAGAAAGAGCAUUGAGGGAAAUACAUGGUCGUGCACAAGAUUCAUAUAUGAUGAUUCCCUGGAUUUGUGAAAGGCUUAUUGAAACUGAUCCAAACACAAUUGCUCAAUGGGAAGGGUUGGAUAGUAACAAAUUUGAGAGGGUGUUCAUUGCUUAUGGAUGCUUAAUUAAUGGAUUUUUAGAAGGGUCUCGACAUAUAUUUUAUAUAGACGGAUGUCAUGUAAGUGGUCCUUACAGGGGGACAUUGAUUUCAGCUAAUGUAUAUGAUGCGGACAAUGAACUGUUUCCAUUAGCAUAUGCUAUAGUCAGUGGGGAGACAUAUGAUGAUUGGGCUUGGUUUCUCCAGAAUGUCAAAGACAUCACAAGAUCAGUAGAGACAACGAUAGUUUCAUAUCCAAAUAAUGCCAUUAUAGGUGCUGUGUGGAUAGUAUUUGGUGGCGAGAGACAUGCUUUUUGCUAUAGGAAUGUGAAAGAAAAUUUUAGUGCACAUUAUUUAAAAGUUAACCGAGGCAGGGGAUGA